AUGGAUUCUAUUGGACCCCCGGACGAAGUUCUCAGAGAAGAGAGGUUCUUCGACGACACAUCCUCCCACUACAGAGAGCGUCACCGCUCCAAAGGGGGCGCCCCGUUCCCCAGGAUAAGACACUGGUUUUUGAAGGAUGCGCAGGAGAAGUGGAUUGCGCAUUUCCAGGCGUGUGCGUCUAAUGACGCCAUACUAUCCAGCAUCUGGCUCGAUAGUCUGUCACUAGAGAACGUCGCAGCAGCGAGCGCGCGAGGUCCAACGGGCAUGGACAUCUACAACUUCCAGGUAUCGGAUCGCCGCAACGCUUUCAACGCGAUCUACGACGAUAUGUGUCUGGAGGGGUGGUGGCCAUGGCCGAAGAAGGAGCAACAGUAA